CUUCAGGUCGAGCCGGAGGUGGCAUGCAUGUCAACCCUCAUCAAGAACAUGGUCGAAGACAGCGGGAAUGACGAGGAGAUCCCCCUGCCCAACGUGAAGACGGCCAUCCUGAGCAAGGUGAUCGACUACUGCAAAUACCACAAGGACAGCCCUCCGGAAGAGAUCCAGAAGCCGCUGAAGAGCACGAGCCUCACCGAGUGUGGCGUCUCGGAGUGGGAUGCCGAGUACGUCAACAUCGAGCAGGAGGUGCUCUUCGAGAUCAUCCUUGCAGCGAACUACCUCGACAUAAAGAGCCUCCUCGAUCUGACAUGCGCCAAGGUGGCGUCCAUGAUCAAGGGGAAGAACACCGAGGACAUCCGCAAGCAGUUCAAUAUCGUCAAUGACUUCACGCCCGAGGAGGAGGCGCAGGUGCGCGAGGAGAACCGCUGGUGCGAGGACGCCUGAGAGCUGCGCGGGCGGCGGGCCGCUCCCCUCCGCCUUGUGGAGCGGCGGGGGGCAGCGGCGGCCGCCGUUGGGAGGCGGGCCGCACGCUGGAGCCGGGCAGGGUAAGGGAGGUCCUGGGGGGAGGGGGAUGCCGAAUUCUUCUAUCUUUCUCUGGCUGUUCAGAGACGCAAAUUGAGGCUCGCCGCCAGGAGCCUCGAAAGCACACCUAUGCUUGGUGUACGUGUGUACAUGCACCCGCUUGCGUGCGCACAUGAAUUCGGAAAAGGCGCCAACGCGAUGUUCUCUCUUGCGGUGCAUGGUAUAUUACCAUGUCUCGUCUUGCUCUUCUUCCACCCAUCGCCCUCGUCGUACCACUCUUGCCUCUCGUCUAGACGUCCUUCGGCCCGCUGUACCGCCUGGCCAGCUUGUCUCGCGGAUGGG